GCCAGUGUGCACCACGCGACCGCCGGCGACGGACGUGUUGCUCGGCGCCGCGACGCACAUCCCUCGAUCGCGAAAAAAGUUCAACACACGAAACUUUCUUAAGACUUUCCUUUCAACCCGAACGCUGUUGAAGUGGAACCGUCUGCUUUGCUGCAAACGUUAAGAGUGACCUUUCCUAAAACCGGUAAUUCGGUAUCCUCCGGAACGGGUUUAGUCACGGGCCCCGUGGCGGGACAUUCGUGAAGUGAUAACUUGAUUUUCAGAGUGCCGUGUUCAGUGCUAGUGACUGGAUUUUAUCAUUGCCAUUGUACUGAUCGAUUUGAGGAGGACUCGUUUCUGCCUCUUAAGGUCGGCUACACGAUUCAGUGCUGUCAAAAGUUUCAAGCAUGCCGCCGCCUGCGUGAAGGCAUGAGCGGGCGCGGAGCGGGCGGGCAGCGCUGCCAGCUCAUCCUGCAGCGUUGCCUCGCGAUACACCUGAGCAAGCCGGGUAACGCGCCCGAUGACUUCUGGAUGUACGACUCCGGAUAUCUGCUGUUCCAGAGUUUCCUGGCAGCGAAUGCUAAAUGCUGGUGGGCGGGCGCACUGGCGGCUGCGACCGCGGAACUACGGUACGCUGGCUAUGUGGCGCCCGGCGUUCUGCUGGUUGCUGGCGCGCCGCGGGCGCUCGAGACUGUCCGCGGAGCGUACUCGCGCUCCGUCCUCAAACCGCCCCCAACAUAUCUCAUUUGUGGACUCGGUGACAUCGAGGACUGCAUUGUGACGCCGGCGUACCAGGGGCAAUUCACGCCGCUGCCCGAGGCGCUAUGUGAUUGCAUUAUGGACCUCACGUCUCAGGGUCAAUCAGCGACGUUGGAGAGCAUCCGCACGUCAUUGUCGGUAAAGUUCCCGUCCAUGCAGACGCCGGACGCGAGCGUGGUGUACGACACGCUGGCGCAACUCAUGCAGGAGCGCAAGAUCUACCAGACAUCCAGGGGAUUCUUCAUCGUCACGCCCGAACGACGGCGGUCGCGGUCGCGGUCUUCAUCGAGGAACCAGCACGGCGAGGACGAGUGCUCGUCGCCUAGGACGAUGCUGAUGUCGGACCAGGAGGCGCUGCACCAACUAUACGGGGAGAUUACGACGGUCCGCGACGGCGCUGUCACACACCAGUGCGUGCAGACCAACCUUGCUGACGUUAUCUGCGGUGGCAACCCAAACGAUAAAGUAUUAUACGGUCGUCCGAACAAGCGGCGGAGCGCGUCGUUUCCAGCGCCGCGGUCGCUGGACCGGCGUCACUCGCUGCGGAUAUUUGGCUCGUCCAGCAAGUACCUGCAGCGGUGCGCCUCUACGCGCAGCCUGCACCACAAGAACGUCAACACCACCGACAGUUCCUCCUCCACCGAUUACCCGCCCAGCGUUGAAUCUGCGUCGCCAAAGAAAGCGUCGUUGCUGUCCCGCUUAUUCAGACGAAGCGGCCGCAGCAAGGCGGCGCGCGCGAUGAGCACCUUCUCUGCGCAGUUCCCGCCCGCCGACUGGUUCAACUCCAAGGCCGUGCACCUGCACUGCGUCGCCACGCAGACCAACUCUAAGGAGUCUCUGCAAAGUCAAACAUCGUACGUGUCAUCCUAUUACGAUGGGUCCGAAAUAAGCAACCGCUCAUCCACACUACCACGAAGACACAAGAGGCAUCUCUCAACCGAAUCGGGCCUGGCCGGCUCUGUGCACUACGACCACUCUCCAGUCAGGCACUCCAGCCCCAGUUCGGGAAGUCUACCACGAUCGACGUUAAGCAGAAGCUCUACCAAUAAAACCAUCUUAGAUCAUUUUGGAUCACCUCAGAGAAGUGAUAAGUUGCGGGACAGCCCUAGCGGAAGUCUUCGGCGAGUGGAUUAUUCUGAUAAUGUUACGUCUACCAGCGGACCCUCGAGCUUGGAAAGCAACACACAACGGACUCCGCGUAAAGACAAAAUUGUAGAUAACUCGCCGAAAAGAAACUACCAUACCAGCAGCAGUGGACAUUCGAGCUUAGAGUCACACAUUUCAGAUCGAACAUUGAAACCCUCACCUAGUCACAGUAACGGAACGUCCGGGUUAAGUAGAGCACAAUCCCUCGUUAAGGUACAAAGUUUGCAAAGCUCUCCUAAAAGUCUGCAUAAGUAUAGAACCAAACCGCCCUUAGUUGGAGGCGAGACUGUAAAAAACGGAAAUACCUCACCAAAAAACUGCCCAAAUACACCCAAGAAAGCUACGCCUUUGCAUAAUAAAACACUCGGAGCCAAACUUGAAAACCCCGCGACAUCUGUGUUGGCUAGCUCAAAUUCCAAUAAUUCAAUCACUUUAAAAGUGACGACAAAUACAAUAUCACAGAACGGUGGAACCAACACCAAAGUUUACGUACAAAAUUCCCCAGUUCGAUCUGUAAUCACAUUCGAGAAUGGAAAGGUCACAGAAACUAGCAACGGCAGCAACAUUUACAUUUUUAAUGACGAUACACGAGUUGUAUCAGUUUCCCAGAACGGAUCGAGUCAACAGCCAAAAAACCCAACAGAGACGUCCUUUGACGUAUGCGUUGAAAAAAACAAGCAAAUAUUUCAAGAAACCGAGCCGGUGAAAGUACAAGAGAACAAAUUCAUUAAGAAUUCCAUUAACGACACCGGUAUGAACAAUAAUCGAAAGCUGUCUUUACAAAUAGGCGCGACGAACAACAAUAGUUUCGUAUACAAAAAUCAACUAAACAACACUAACGAAGCCGCAUCUAAUCCCACAUCACCGGCAAUACACAAUAAUAUUCAUAACAUAGAUGGUACAACGAACAGUAAUCCUUCGACACCCACAAAAAGCUACGAUAAUAUUAUUGGAUCUUUAGGUAGUCUUAGAUAUCAAAAGAACUCUUUUUCGUCUGCUAACAGUGGCAUACAAACGAAUAUAAAUUCGAACAGCGAACUAAAAAGCGUCGACUUGUUAAAAAAAGCCGCAGCUUUGCAAAUGUUGAACGGCCUCCCGAACGUGAAUAACAGAAUGAGCACCGAGUCGAUAGCUAAUUUGUUAACGAAAGGAAUCGAGCAAAAGCCAACGGUAUUAGGAUCAGAACCUAAUCUAGCACUGAAGAACCAAGAGCCAUUGAAAGACAUUAAUACAUCGACGGAGAAAAUCAAUAGUUUAGAAAACAAACAGAAAAGGUACAGCCUGAGUCAGGAUGUGAAGAAAGAAAACCAGGAUAUAUACAAUUUUCCCAGUUUGAGUGACUUGAGCUUCAAUUUUACCAGUUUAGCCGCACAGAAGAUAUUAAAAGGUGUCAGUAUAAACAGCGUCGAUACGCUAGUCGAGUUGAAUAUGGCCGCUAAUAAUUCUGAGAAGCAGAAUAAUCGUGAUGUAGCUGCGGUAUGCACAGACUUCGGUCUUGUAUAGUAUCUGCGAUUUAUGUUAAUUUUGUUUAAAAUGUACAAUAUUAGUAAUAACAUAAAAGUAAGCUAGCUUAAGUUGCUCGUAAUGACUUCAUUAUUUGAUAUACUUUAAUAUUUAGAUGAAACUUGUAUUCAUUUGAGAUUUUGUACUCUCAACUUGCGGAAUUAUCCUUUGAUAACUAUUGUAUCCUCCUAAUGGAAUUAUUUAGUCUUACUAACUUAUCAUCGAAAAUAUCAUUUUAGAAAUUAUAUAACUCAGUAUUCAUGUAUAUUUUAAUCUAUAUCAUUGAUAGUUUGUAGCUCACUCUGAUUGUAUGCGACAGUAAUUGUAUUUCAAUGAAAUCAAUGAUGGCCUAAAAUGUAACCUUUUAGAGAAAUUUAGUGCCUAUUUAUAAACAUAUUUGUAGAUGUACUUUACUCUACCCUUCCAUUAUAGCUGCUUAUUUUACCGUUCUAUUAUCACAUUAAUUGUCUAUCCCACGUUCUGAAAUAAAGCCUAAAUAUUGUUAUCAAUGGAUACAUUGCACAUUUUAUACCCACAGUAUCAUAAAUUCCAAUAAAAAAAAACACUUUUCGUACAUCUAAAUGUUAAACAAUAUCAUAUUAUUCACUUCCGCACAAAUACAUUUUUGACGAGUACACAGAAAAGUGUAUUAGCUUCCACAUUUCGAAUCAUGUUGGUAUAAUUACAAGUUUACGAUAUUUAUUCAGAAUGGGAUAGACUUUAAAACAUUUCCUCUUAGCACCAGCACCCUUUUUUGUGCCAUUAUAAGAUUUCCAGUGAAAAAGUUGAGUACAAACUAGAAUACCUUUUCCAUAAUAAAGAGAAUCCAUCCAUCAACAAUAACUUUUAAGGAUGGUAUGUAAAAUGUUUGUCAUGUGUAAGUGCCAUAAAUAAAACUGUAAUUUAACAGAUGUGAUGAGCUAAUCCGGCAUCGGUAUUGGUAUUGGAAAAUUGGUAUCAAUUAUUGUAAUUUGCUGCACUCAAAGUGCGGACAUAAUAAAGGGUAAUAUUUAUUCAUUAGGAAUUAUAAUCGGAAGUCAAUGCAUAUUAGUUAUUAAGUGUUCAGUAACGCCAUUUGUAAAAAUGUAUUAACAAUAGAAGUUGAUGCUUUAA